AUGAUAAACCAGGCAGAGACAGCAGGUAUUGCUACAGUUGCCGUAUGCAAGGAGACAUUGUCUCGCAUGGGAUCUGAUAAACUAUAUGCAGAUAUCGCCGCUGGGAAAUUUCGCCAGGUCAUCGUUUCACCUGAAAUUGUGAUUUCCUCAGACUUUCGGACCGCCGUUUUGUCAAAGGACCGAUUUGCUACUGCACUUCGCGCUGUCUGCAUCGAUGAAGCGCAUUGUAUCAGUUUGUGGGGCGGAAGCUUUCGUUCAGACUACGCUAGCCUUGGUGUGCUUCGUGGUCGGUUUCCUAAAAAUGUCCCGUUUGUUGUGGCAUCAGCGACACUUCCCAGUCAUGUUCUCAAUGACGUACGGCACAAAUUGCAGCUUGGUAGCGAGAAGAAAAUGGUGCGAUUAACCAAUGCACGACCUAAUGUGGCAGUAUCCGUCCGAACGAUGAAGCAUUCAGAAGAAACUAAGGGCGACAUACGCUUUUUAAUCCCUCCAGACGCAAAGAAACCCGGGGACAUUCCGAUAACCCUCGUGUAUUGUAAUCAGCGAACGACCACCGAGGACGCUGCAGAUCGGGCCAGGGACUGGGCUAUCGAGCAGGGUAUCGAUCCCGAUUGUAUCGCUUUUUAUCAUGCUUAUGUCGGCGAGAAACGAAAACGUGAGCUGGAGUCAUUACUCGAGAAGGGAGAAAUGCGCAUCUUAUUUUUUACUGAUGCCGUCGGCAUGGGAUGUGACAUGCGUAAUAUUGCGCGCGUGGUUUUGUGGGGCCUUCCGCCAUCGUUCUGUGCCCUUGUUCAACGUGCAGGGCGAGCAGGGCGAGAUCUAAAGAAGCUCGGAGAAGGGAUUUUGAUCGUGUCUCCAAGUGUAAUGAAGGACGGCGUCACUGCACAGGAGGUUAGUGGAACUGUCGCGGUGUCUGGGCAGGAAGCAGAAGCAACAAACCUCAAUGAAGAAGAUCUUAUGGCGGAGGUCCAAGGCAUGGAGGAACAAGUCAGUCCUGAAGGUGUCCGAAUUGCCGCUGAUGAAUCGGCGUCAGAGGGUGAGGGAGACAACGCGGCAGCAGGUGCGGCGUUAAGCCAAAAAAUGAAAAGAAAGGGCAAAGCGUCUACAGAUACAGACGUUCAUGAGGCGAAUGCACUUUCGAAGUUCGUCGGCACUAAGUCCUGUCGUCGGGUUGUGUGGGACUCAUUUUUUGAGAACAGUAAAAAAUUCGUCCGGAAAAACAGGUUAACGCGGAAGACGUUUUUGAGAAUUUGGAUGGGACUGAACUUUUGA